UUUUGACUCCGAAGACAACUCUUUCUCUGUUUCCAAAGAUGGCUCAACGGUACACAGUCAAUGUUCUUGAACACAGCCAUGUUGCUCUGCCUCCGGGCUCCGUAUCCACAACAACCGUUCCUCUAACUUUCUUCGAUGUGUUAUGGCUUUUUUGUGGCCCCAUACAGCGUAUCUUCUUGUACGAAUUUCCUUACCCUACUCUUCAUUUCAUAGAGACUAUCCUUCCCCAUCUCAAGCACUCUCUCUCUCUCACUCUCCCUCAUUUCUUCCCCUUGGCCGCCACACUGACGUGCCCUCUACCACCCAACAAGCCAUAUAUUCGUUAUACUGAAUGCGACUCUGUUUCGGUCACGGUCGCUGAAUCGGACGCCGAUUUCCACCAUCUUAUAGGCAACCAUGCACGAGAUAACAGAGCUUUUCAGUCACUUGUCCCAAAAUUGCCAACGGUCAGGGUGUUACCGGAUACCGAACAAGUGGCGCCUAUUAUGGCUCUGCAGAUUACUAUAUUUCCAAACUCGGGUAUUUCCCUCGGUAUAACAUUUAACCACGUGGCUGCUGAUGGGAGGAGUUUCAAUCAUUUCAUCAAAUCUUGGGCGUCCAUUAAUAGGUCCGGAGGAGAAGCCUUAACCUCCCUUUCACUACCUUACCACAACAAGGACGUGGUCAAGGACCCAGGUGAACUUGCGUCUACUAACUUGAAGGAUUUGCUGAUUUGGGAUUAUUCAAACCCUACCGAAACUGUUCCUGAAGACAACGUUCGCAUCACUUUGGUUCUAAGCCGUGCCCGAAUUGAGAAAUUGAAAGAAUGGGUCAAAAAUCAAAGCAGAAAUAAAAACGACCCGGAACUGGGGCCGAUACGCUUAUCAACAUAUGUGGUAACUUGUGCUUUCAUGUGGGUUAAUAUGAUGAGAAUACAAGAGAAACUGAAAGAGGGUGAAACUGGUAGCGAUCACUUCGAUGAAGACACGCAUUACCACUUCAUUUCUGUAGCCGACUGCAGGGAGCGGUAUGGGUUUGCGGUACCGGCAAAAUAUUUUGGAAACUGCCUGGCAUAUUUUUUUGUGUCAGCUAAACGAAGUGAGCUAACGGGGGAAAAUGGGAUAGCCAUUGCGGCCCAAGCUAUUGCAAAAACGGUUAGUGGAUUGGAGAAAGGGCCAUUAAUAGGGGCAGAGCAUUGGACGUCGAAAUUGUGGGAAGUAGUGAAAAGUGGAGAUCUUGUUACAGUAGCUGGCUCGCCAAAAUUAUGCGUGUACGAGACUGAUUUCGGGUGGGGCAGACCAAAAAAGAGUGAGUUGGCUCACAUCGGCGCUUAUGGGUCUUUCUCUCUCAGUGAAUGUAGAAAUGAGGAAGGUGGUGUUGAGAUCGGCUUAGUCCUCGGCCGAGACAAGAUGGACUUGUACAACGAAAUUUUUGUGCAGGGCUUAGAAAAUCAAUAUCCAUUAGAUUUUGCUGCUUAA